CGGUUCCCCCGCGCGCUCUCUCGCUCUCUCUCCCGCCCCGCGCUCUGCGUAACCCGAACGCGGUUCCCACGGCAACGGGCAACGCUGACUGGUCUGUGCGGAAGAGGAGAGAGAGAGAGAGAGAAGCGCAGAUUGAUUUCUUGUCGCAGCUCGGCCUCUGACGUGCCCCCUCCCUCGACAAAAAAUCAUAAUAAGGUGUUUGUGUUUGUUUUUUAGAAGGAGGGAGACAGCUUAUUUUUUAAGAAGACAUGGAGAGACACACACCAGUUUACCCCUUACCACUGGAAAUUCAACAGAUGGAUCAUAACGAGACCGUCUGUAAGUACUGCGGCGUCAGCUACCUGAUCCAUCACGAGUUCCAGCUGAUGGAGGAAAAAGUGAAAGCGAUGGAGGCGGAGCUGGAAUUCUACCGGGGCAGCGUGGAGCGGGAGAAGAGGCUGCAGCAGGAGCUGCAGGGGGCGGGCGCUCACCUGGAGCGGCUGAAGACCGAGCAGCAGCAGCAGUCUGAGAGUUUGAAAGCCCUUAGUCUCCAGGUGGCAGAGAGACAAACACAACUGGAGUGUGUGACCACUGAUAUGAGCGUCGCAAAGAGAAAGCUGGAAGAAGCGGAGAGCCAGUGCCAAGCGCUCAGGUCAAAAUGUUACCAACAGCACUCUGUCAUGAAGAAGACUCUGUAUUUACUCCAGACAGCUAAACAGGAGUUAAUGACGCUGAGGAGCAUUGUUUCUGAUUUCUCUGACAUCUGGAGAGGAUUUAACACAGAGCUGCUAAAGAGAAGCAAGGAUACAGAUACAGACAUAACCACGCUGCAGGAGGCUGUGGCCGCAGCUCGACAGGAGACAGAGCAACUGCAGAAACAGGUCAAGGAUCUGCAGAGUGACCUGGCCUCGUCCACAUCGCAGCGUCAUCAGCUUCAAGCCACCGCCCAGAGAGAGGCCGAACUGCAAACAGAAAUGCUUGAAUUAAACAAUCAAAUCAAGACUCUACAGCUGGAUCUUCAGGAAAGGACAUCUGAAAGGGAUCGCUUGGAACAGGUGUUCACGACUAUAUCCAGGGAGAUAGAAGAUCAUCGGUACAAGCAGAUUCAGUUUGAGAAGGAACAAAAAGACGUUCAUGCAAGACUGUGCAGAGAGUUAAGGGACAAAGAAGAAAGUUGGCUGACCUGUCAACAGCAGGUCAGGCAUUUACAGGAGCAGCUGUCUGAAUGGGAGAGAAAGGAAAAGGACAGAGUGAGACAAAACUCCAGAACAGAAAAUGAAAAUGCAACCCUGAGAGCUGCCCUGAAGCAAGCCGAGGAGGAAAUCACAAUGCUGAAGAGCGAAAGAGAAACCACAGUACUCUCUCACCAGAGUACAAUUCAGCAAUUGCUAGAGAGCUUCAGACAGAAGAUGGUGGAUGCUGAAUAUCUUAGGUCACAGGUCAGAGAAGAACUUGAAAAUGAAAGAGCCAAGCUCUCCUUGCACUUAAAGGAAAACGAGCUGAGCUUGAGAAGGGAAGCUAGUGUGGAACUAGAUAUCGAAAGACAGAAGUUUCAGGAAUUGCUCCUGAAGUACCAACACGAGCUUGAAGAACUCAGAAAAAAGGUGCCAGACCUUGUUCUUACUGCUACCCAGGAGCUGAAGGCUGAAGUGUUGCUACUGGAAGAAAAACUCCGGGAGGCUCAUCUGAGCUUGACCGAGAGGGACAGCCGCAAAGAGGAGGAGAUUGACAGUUUGAGGAAGGUGGUGUCUGCCCUGGAAAACCAGCUGGCGCACGAGAAGCACACCAUUGACCACUUGCUUUCAGAAGUGAGACAGGAGGCUGAACAGAAGUCAAUAAAGCUGAGCGCCGUGACUAAGGAACUGGAACAAUUAACGCAAGAAUCAUCUCAGUUGCAAGAGGAGAACUCCCUGCUCCAGGAGACAGUGCGCAGGGAGUGUGAGGAACGCUACGAGCUGACGGAAGCCCUGAGCCUGGCCCGGGAACAGCUCCUGGAGCUGACGCAGCUUGGCAGGGGGCUCCAGCUCUCUCGGCACUCCGUCAGGCGCGGCAGCCUGGCCUCGACCCCUCCAUCUGCCCAGAGCCAGGGCCAGAGGAGCGGCAGCAGCAGCCGGGGCUCGGAGAUGCAGAUGAAGCGUGACAGCGUGACGAGAUCCAGCGGAUGCCCCCAGAUAGCUCCCAGCUCCUGGCUGGGCAGCGGGAGUAAGGGGAUACCCCCAAUCCCCCUUCCACACCCUCCACGGGGGAGCGCAUCCUCCAUGAGAGAGUCCAGGCAGCGAAUCGCAGCUGCGAUAAGGAGGCCAGAGAAAAUGAUCCCAUGGAGUCCACCUCAAACAUACCUGGUAGACGGGUCCAGGCUCCCAGUGUCACAGUGUCUCCCAAGUGCAGACUUGAACGGUCCGUAAUGGAAUGUGUGUGUGUGUCCUGGGGUCCUGAGCUAGACGAGCACGGAGAAGAGGAGAAAACAUCACACACCUUGGCACCCUGAAUGUGCAAAUCGUUAAAUCCUUAAGAAGUCCAUUUAAUUAAUGAAAAAUAUCAAUGCACUGAUGAAUUUACUCUUGUGCCUCCACCUGUUUUAAACAUCUCAUUAAUUCACUUUCACGAAUGAAAGAUCCAUGAGCAAAUUGCAUUCAUGCAGACAUUGCAAAGUACCGAAUACCAAAGCUUUGUGCUUCUACAGCUUCACCUUUUGUGCACAUUCUUCUGAAAUGAAGCAGUGUUGUUUUAUGGAAACUGGGCGACGGGAGGUACAAAUUAAAUGCACGUUUUUUGUUCUCGA